AUGGAUCCAGAGAGGAAGGGGUUCUGGUCGGCUUCUUCAGAUGGAGAUGGGAGCAAAGAAAAUAAAUUAAAACAAGGAAUUUCUCAAGACUUGGCUUCUUCCCCCAAAUUAGACAGAUACAAAAUAGCAAGGCAGUUAACAGAAAAAGCAAUCAAGGAGAAGAAGAUUUUCUCUAUCUACGGGCACUACCCGGUGGUGCGUGCAGCCCUGCGGAGGAAGGGCUGGGUGGAGAAGAAGUUCCACUUCUUGCCCAGGGUCAUUCCCGACUUCGAGAAUGGCAGCACCGGGGUCACUGAUGAUAAACAUGCUGAAGUGAAAGAAAAUCGAGAAACGGCUUUGGAGAGAACAGAGGACAUCCACGAUGUGAUGUCUAGGUUGGUAAAAAACGAGAUGCCCUACCUCCUCUGGACCAUCAAGAGGGACGUCAUUGACUAUCACAACCUGACCUGUGACCAGAUGCUGAACCACUACGCCAAAACUGCCUCCUUCACCACCAAGAUCGGGCUGUGCGUGAACAUGCGGAGCCUGCCGUGGUACGUCCCGGCGAACCCCGACUCCUUCUUCCCACGCUGCUACAGCCUCUGCACCGACAGCGAGCAGCAGGAGUUCCUGGAUGACUUCCGGCGUACCAUGGCAUCCAGCAUCCUCAAGUGGGUGGUCAGUCACCAGAGCUGCAGCAGGAGCAAGCCCAGGGCCCAGGUGGAGGAGGCUGAGAGCAGCGAGCUGAGCAGCAGGACAGGUGUGUGGGGCGCGGGGCCGGGGCGGGCAGUGCCGGGCCGCCAGAGCUGGGGGCCUCCACGGGGGCCCUCCUGCCUCCUGGGCAUGGUCAGCCCCGGACCACCCCAGAGUGGAGCCUGCUUGGUGGGCGAGGUGGGCCCCAGCCUCGGAGUCUCAUGCACUUUUCGGAUCUUGCUUUGUAGUGGUGACGCUUUCAUCUCCAAUUCAAGAAGUUACUUUCCACAGUGCCAGGCUCUGCUGAAUAAAAUCACAUCCGUGAACCCUCAGACGGAUAUCGACGGGCUGCGGAACAUCUGGAUUAUAAAGCCUGCGGCCAAGUCCCGGGGCCGAGACAUAGUGUGCAUGGACCGUGUGGAGGAGAUCCUCAAGCUGGUGGCUGCAGAGCACCCUCCUUCCAGGGACAACAAGUGGGUGGUCCAGAAGUACAUCGAGACACCAAUGCUCAUCUACGACACCAAGUUUGACAUCAGGCAGUGGUUCCUCGUCACAGACUGGAACCCCCUGACCAUCUGGUUCUACAAGGAGAGUUACCUGCGGUUCUCAACACAGCGCUUCUCCCUGGACAAGCUGGACAGCGCCAUCCACUUGUGCAACAACGCCGUCCAGAAGCACCUGAAGAACGACGUGGGCCGCAGCCCUCUGCUGCCAGCACACAACAUGUGGACCAGCGCCAGGUUCCAGGAGUACCUGCAGCGCCGGGGCCGCGGCGCCACGUGGGGCAGCGUCAUCUACCCGUCCAUGAAGGCGGCCAUCGCCCACGUCAUGAAGGUGGCGCAGGAUCACGUGGAGCCUCGUAAGAACAGCUUUGAGCUCUACGGGGCCGACUUCGUGCUUGGGAGGGACUUCAGGCCCUGGCUGAUCGAGAUCAACUCCAGCCCCACCAUGCACCCGUCCACGCCCGUCACGGCCCAGCUGUGCGCGAAGGUGCAGGAGGACACCAUCAAGGUGGCUGUGGACCGCAGCUGUGACAUCGGCAACUUCGAGCUCCUGUGGAGGCAGCCUGCGGUCGAGCUGCCCCCAUUCAGCGGGUCUGACCUCUGCGUGGCGGGCAUCGGUGUGAGGAGGGCAAGGAGGCAGGUGCUGCCCGUCUGCAACCUCAAAGCCUCAGCCUCGCUGUGGGACGCACAGCCGCUGAAGGCACAGUGCCCCCUCGCCACGCUGGACCCCACCCAGGGACCCACACGACUGGCUCUCCAGCGAGACCUGGGACUGAAAGAUGAGAAGGGGCUCCCCGUGGCCUUGCUGGCACCCCUAAAAAGGCCAGCCGAGAGCGGCAGAGCCGCGCAGCCCACCCGCACCAAGGCUGCCGGGAAGGCGGAGCUCCCUGCCUGCCUUUGCCGCCACGUGGACAGUCAGGCCCUGAACACCGGUGACCCCGAAGCACAGCCUACCAGAUACUCGGAUCCAAACCUGUUUAAUGUGCACCCCCUGGUGCCUGUGCUGCAGGGCCUGAAGACAGAGGAGGGUGCCCUGCGUCCGCCACCCGGAGCCCCAGGUAAUGUGGGGGCCGUCUGCUCCAUCCCCAACCCUCCCUCACCAGCAGCCGCUGCGCCCUCCAGGACAGGGCACAGAGCAGGCUUCGAUGCUGGGGCAUGGGGCUGCAGGGGGACCCCCGAACGCUUGCCCCGUGUGCUGCGGGCCACAGCCGCCCCGGUCCUGCAGGGCACAUCCUUCGUGCCGAUGGGUUGGCGGAGCUGCAGCCCUCGGACCCCGUGA